AUGACCGAUUCUACAAACCUCAAGCCCGUUGUCUUCAUCGGCGCAGCCGGCGAGAUGUGUCGAGUGGCUGUGGAGCGAUUUGCGAAAGCCAGCAAUGCUCAGCUUGUUCUUGCGGAUCUCAAUACCACUGUCAUCGAAUCCCUUGCCGCCAGCUUUCCCUCUGGCCGGGCAACUACUCAGAAGCUCGAUCUCUUCGACGAAGCUGCCCUUGCCAAUCUGAUUAGUGGCGCCGGACUGGUUGUCCUAGGUGCAGGGCCAUAUUCCAAGACUUCUCAACCAGUCGUCAAAGCAUGCAUCAAGGCCAAAGUUCCUUAUCUCGACUUUGAUGAUGAUGUCGAGAGUACUCAAGACGCCCUUAAUCUUAAUCAGGAAGCCAAAAAGGCGGGCGUGCCUCUCUAUAUUGGUUGUGGUGCAUCACCAGGGCUGAGUAAUGUCAUGGUGAUGGACGCCACGAGUGAACUCGACACUGUCAAUAGCAUCGACAUCUGCUGGCUUGUCGGUGACGAAGCUAGUGUUGGGAAAGCUGUACUGCAGCAUUUGAUGCACAUAGCUGCUGGACCAUGCUUGACCUGGGUCGAUUCGAAGCCAACUGUGAACGAAUCUUGGGUCGGGACCACCUAUGCGCCCAUGUAUGCCGAAGACGGUGAGAGACUCUUGCAUGAAACGGCCCAUCCUGAGCCGGUGACACUGCCGCGUCUUUUCCCACAUGCCUCUCGAAUUCAAUGCUUCGGCUCGUUAGAUCCGAAGCCACUCAAUGGCAUUGCUCGUGGUCUGGGGUCUGCUGUCCGCACCAAGGCUUUGUCACUGGACGAUGCAGUUGAUUUUUUAUACAACUUGGCAAGCAAACCACCACUGGAGGGUGGCUUGGGUGGGGCCUUUGAAGCAUGCAAAGGACACCUCCGUGGUGGUGAUAUUACCCUCAAGGAGCUUUUUGGCGUGAUCAGCCACUCUGUUGGCCCUCUGCGGUACGCUUUAUGGGGAAUGCUUGAGCAAAUUUGGAACGGCGAGUGCACCACCGCCGAGGUUGUGACUUAUAUCAUGAACGCAAUAACUGGCACCAAAAUCGAAAACCGAGGGAACACGCUUGUGAGAGCAACCGGUAUGCGUGGUGGGGUGCCGACAGUGAUCACCAAACGCAACCCUAAAAACGGCAAGGAUUCCUACUUAUGCCAGAGUAUGGGCACAGUUACUGGAACAUCAACUGCUGCCUUCAUGGUCAUGGCGCUGGAAGACGGACGCAAGCGAAGUGGUGUCUUUUGCCCGGAAGACUGGGCUAAGCCCGAUGUGUUUUACAGGGCCUUGGAGCGGGUUGGAGUCCCCAGAGAUGAGAUUAUCGAGUCUAUCUAA